GUGAGCUUUUUACUGCCAAGAAGAUGCCCGGAUUCCCGAAAUGCCCUCCUCUUCAUUCCCAUUCUACCCCUCUUAAAUUCCCAAAACACCCCUCACCGGAUCUCCGGGGAUUCCCAGAAUACCCACCCAAUCCCCCCUCCUUCUUCUCCUCCUCAAAAAAAAGAUCCCACUUUUCCACUCUUAUCAUCUUGAUUCCCAGCUUAAUUGUCUUCUUGCUUUCGUCUUCCUCUCCGUGGGCCUUCUCUGUUCCCUCCUUAUUUCCUUCCAAGCUUCUUAUAAAAAUCCCACCUUUUUUUAUUUCUUUCUUGGAUCUUGGGUUUUCUCAGAGCUUUUUUGCUUUCUAGGGUUUUUAAUUGGGAUCCAAUCAAGGUUUGAUAUCCAUUUUUUGUAGUUUAAUUGCCUACAAAUUCAAUGCUGCAUUGAGUUCUUGUUUGCAGGAUUGUUGUUGAUAAUUACGGAAAUGCCACUGAGGGAGGUGACCGGUGGUGGUGGCCGGAGAGUGUUUCUAGGGUUUGUUGUGGUUUAUCUAUUAGCUUUUGUUGUGGUGGUUGAUGGUGAUGUUCAUUUGUGGCCAAUGCCGGCGUCGGUGAGCCGGGGAUCCCGGACUCUUUAUUUGAGCAGUGAUUUAGCUUUGAAGACUGAUGGUAGUAAGUUCUCCGAUGGCUCGGGGAUCUUGAAGGAUGGUUUUGAGAGGAUGGUUGAGCUUGUGAGAGAGUCUCGUAGUGUGGAAGGACAAGUAAAUGGUUCUGAUAAUUUGCUUGCUGGUCUUCAUGUUGUUGUUUCUUCAUCCAAUGAUUCGUUGUACUAUGGCGUCGACGAAUCCUAUAAGUUAUCUAUUCCUGCAACUGGAAAUUUGAUAUACGGAUACAUCGAGGCAUCGACAGUUUAUGGAGCGCUUCAUGCCUUCGAGACAUUCAGCCAACUCUGUGAUUUCAAUCUCAUGACUAGAACUAUCGAGCUUCAUGGUGCUCCCUGGAAUAUUAUUGAUCAACCAAGGUUCUCUUACCGGGGACUUCUAAUUGAUACAUCAAGACAUUAUCAGCCACUGUCGAUGAUAAAGAAAGUGAUCGACGCAAUGGCCUACUCUAAGCUGAAUGUUCUACACUGGCAUAUAGUCGACAGGGAGUCCUUUCCAAUAGAGAUUCCUUCGUAUCCGAAACUCUGGAACGGCGCCUACUCUUAUUCUGAGAGAUACACAGUGGCUGAUGCUAAGGAAAUUGUGCAGUAUGCAGAAAAGCGGGGUAUCAAUGUAUUGGCUGAGAUCGAUGUGCCUGGCCAUGCCAUAUCAUGGGGUAUCGGUUAUCCUUCUUUAUGGCCAUCUGCUAACUGCCAAGAGCCACUUGAUGUUAGCAAUGAGUUGGCAUUCAAAGUAAUAGAUGGAAUUCUUUCAGAUUUCAGUAAGAUUUUCAAGUUCAAAUUUGUCCAUUUGGGAGGCGAUGAAGUUAACACCAGUUGCUGGGCGACAUCUUCGCACGUGAACAAAUGGUUGGAUAACCAUAGGUUGAAUGAGUCGGACGCCUACAAAUACUUCGUCUUGCGAACACAAAGUAUAGCAGCAAAACAUGGAUACGAACCUAUUAACUGGGAGGAAACAUUCAACAACUUUGGUAACAAGUUGAACCCCAAAACCGUAGUACAUAAUUGGCUUGGGGGUGGAGUUGCACCAGCAGUAGUAGCUGCCGGAUUAAGGUGCAUUGUUAGUAAUCAAGAUAAGUGGUACUUGGAUCACCUAGAUAUAACAUGGCAAGAUUUCUAUAUGAAUGAGCCUCUCAAGAAUAUUAGCAAACCUGAACAACAGAAAUUGAUCCUGGGUGGUGAGGUAUGCAUGUGGGGUGAAACCGUAGAUGCAUCAGACAUCGAACAAACCAUUUGGCCUCGUGCAGCAGCUGCGGCAGAACGGUUAUGGACGCCAUUGGAGAUGCUAGCCGAAGAUCCAAAGCAAGUUACUACAAGACUGGCUCGCUUUAGGUGCUUGCUAGAUAGGAGAGGGGUUGCUGCUGCACCACUUGCGGCACCAGGACGAGGCGUUCCUCUCGGCAAGGGUGCUUGCCUUAGACAGUAGAUAUUCCUAUUGCAGUAAUAAAUUAUGGAGUUACCGUAACACUUGCAUUUCAGAUGCAAAGAUUCAUUAGCAAAGGAUUUCAAAUUCGAAGCGUUUGUGGUGUUUUAUUUUGCAUGACCUCUACGGACUUUCUAAAUGUAAUUCCGGCACUUAAUAAUAUAUAUCUCCCAUGCCAAAGGUAGAUUCCUUGAAUGGAAAAUUCUGAA